UAUCGACCCUGCGGCCCGAGCUUUCGCCUCCAAAUAUUCUAAAUUGCCCUCGCGAUCCUUCCGCCCCCGCUUCCCAGCCCUCGCGAUCCUUCCGCCUGCGCCACGAAAUCCAGGUUCCGAUAUCCUGGAUUUUGAAACCUUCGCCGUCCUAACCGAAGCCGAGUCGCAAUCAAGGUUUCGAACCAGUCGAUCCUUCCAUCGCCGUCCCGCGCGUCCCGCGCCUUCUUCCUCGCAAUCCUGGUUCGGAGAUCCUUCCAUUUCGUCCCGCGCCUUCUUCGUCGCAAUCCAGUAAUAACAUGGAUAGUAAGCCUAAAGAGGUUGUUACACACGCAUUGUGGGAAAAAGAUACGAAAAUGAUAUUUUGUGAUCUUUGUCUUAAAGAGAUUGAACGUGGAAAUCGACCAACGACCCAUUUCAAUAAAGAAGGGUGGCAAAAUAUUAUAAAAAAAUUCAAGGAAUGCACAGGCAGAGAAUAUGACAGAUUGCAAAUGAAGAAUAAGUGGGACCAAAUGAAAAAGGAAUGGAAAAUUUGGAAGGAAUUAAAAAAGGGUUGUACCGGCAUUGGUUGGGAUCCAGUGAAGCGAACAAUUGAUGCAUCUGAGGAAUGGUGGGCUGAAAGACUUGCGGUGGUUCCUGCUGCAAAGAAGUUUAAGCUUUCAGGAAUUGAGCCUGAAUUUGAGGACAAACUUGACCGCAUGUUUGGGGGAGUGGUUGCAACUGGGAACUAUGCAUGUAGCCCAAACGAGACAGGGUUCACUGGCAAUGUCGUGAAUUUGGGAACCCCUGGAGGUUCAGUUGAUUUCAUUGACGUCCCCAGCCCAGAUCAGAACGAAUAUGAAAACAUUUCGCGUUCCAAACGUCCUAAGGUUGUUGAUAAAAGAAAAUCUGGUGCUUCUUCCCUCAGAAAAGAGCUAUCCGAUGCGGUUUCUUGUUUUAAAUCAGAAUGUCAGACUUCUCAUUCAAGCACUAUCGCGGAGGCCCUUGAAAUCCUAAGUGCUACAGCCGAAAUUUAUGUAGAUGAGGAGUUGUAUUUGUUUGCAGCAGAAUUGCUAGAGGACCCGGUCCGUAGGGAUUUCUUUGUGCAGAUGCCUGCCGCACGCAGAUUGGCAUAUAUUCGGCGUUUUUAUAAUCGUUUGAACAAUUGAUAUUUUUAAUAUUUUUCAUCACUAGAACAUUUGCACUGCUUUAUCUAUUUUUUUUCUGGAGUUAUUCUUGUGAACUCUGUUGUACCUUUCUAUUUAUUUGCAAACAUUGUUUUAUUUUUAUUGUCACCAACUCUCAUAUAAAUUAUAAUUGUUUAGGGAAAACAUUUAGGGAAACCAAACACUAUGAAUGCAGAUAGAAAAAGACGGAUGGAGACCCACAUGGAUACACGCAGAAGAAAACAGAGAGGAAUGUUUCUGACAGCAAUAUGUUUGAUAUACGAAUACUAUAACACGUAUAUUGAUCGGUCGCCAUGCAUGACAUCUUCUUAUAUUGGCGACAAAUGGGUUGGAGAGUUGCUUGCCGGGCACCCAACACGAUUUUGUAAUAUGUUUCGAAUGACUCAGGCAAUAUUUAUCGAUCUUCUGGACUUACUCGUAGGAUCUCACGGUCUUCAUGGAUCUUCGAGAACCAAUCCACGUGAGGUGCUCGCAAUAACACUGUUCAUAUUAUCCCAAAAUGAGUCUAUGCGAGGAGCAAUGGAGCGAUUUCAACACUCAUCAGAAACAAUAAGCAGAUAUUUCUCAAUCGGAUUGAGCGCACUUGUUAGUCUGUCCUCUCAUGUCAUCAGAGCCUCAGAUUAUAAGUUUGAGCAUAUACCCGCUGAGAUAGCACGUGACGCACGAUAUAUGCCCUUUUUUAAGGUAUUCUCUCGGAUGCAUUAUAGUUAACUUUGUAAGAGUUUUUAAAAUAUUAUGUUAAACCUAACAUUCACUCAUUAGGACUGCAUUGGUGCGAUUGAUGGAACACAUGUUGACGCACGUAUACCAAAUAGUGAUAAAGUAGCAUUUAUAGGCCGUUGUGGUAGCACUACCCAAAAUGUCAUGGCCGUCUGCGACUUUAACAUGUGUUUCACUUUUGUUAUGGCUGGCUGGGAGGGCAGCGCACAUGACAGUCGAAUUUUCAAAUCUGCGACACGGGAUCCCAAAAGCAACUUUCCACAUCCACCUGCAGGUACGCUUCAUAUUGAAAUCAUACGAAUUGUUUCAUUUAUUAUGCAAAUAUUAUUUGGGAAUCCCAAUAGAAACUUGAAUCUCCUUACUAAUUGUUCCAUUUAUUAGGCAAAUAUUACUUGGUUGAUGCUGGUUAUCCAAUGCAACGAGGGUAUUUAAAACCAUUUCCUGAUACGAGAUAUCACAUACCAGAUUUCGCACGUGCAAGUAACGUUACACGAGGAAGAAAUGAAAUAUUUAAUAAACGACAUUCAUCGCUACGUGGUGUAAUUGAGAGAACUUUUGGUGUCUGGAAAAAGAAAUGGGUUAUACUCCGUGAUAUGCCUCCUUAUAAUUUUUCAAAGCAGGUACAGAUUGUCUUUGCUACAAUGGCUCUCCAUAAUUACAUAAGAAGACAUCAUUCCCGUAGCGAUAUCGACUUCCAUUUGGCGGAAUUGGAUGAAGAAAAUGUGCCUUCGGAAACAUUUGAAUACCGUCUAGGCCAGUUUUUCACCGAAGAGGAGACUGAGGCUUCCAUCGCCUUCACUGUAGAUGGGGAAGGUGCAAGCGAGAUGGCAGAGCUGAGGGAACGAAUAGUUGAUGAGAUAGCAUGCCUAUGAAUGGAGAAUUUUAGAACUCAUUAGCUGAAUAUUAUUAGAAAUAUUGCUUACUCUGAUUUUUGUAAACUUUAUAAUUAUUUAUUACGCUGUUCUCUUUUAUCUAGUUUGAUUCCUGGGAAAUAUGUUUUUGAUAUUGCGAUAUGAAGUUCAAUUUGUAGUUCAAAGGUUGCUUUUAUAUGGUGCCACAUUUGCCUUCUUAGAUUUGCUAUGGAUGAUAAAUCAUGUUUACUUUAGAUUUUAAUAUUCAUUUGAUGCCUGAACUUUG